AUGGCCAGGGACAUCAAGGGUAACAAGAAAAACUCUUAUAGGUGUGUCAUUGAUAGAAGGAAGACCAGGGAAGCUGUGGGUCCUCUCCGGAAGGAAACGGGAGAACUGAUCAUGAGUUUGAGUGGAGAAACAAGAUAUAACAAAGACAAGAUACUGCAAGGUCAAGGAGUGGAUGAGCCACUCUCUGCAACUGGUUUCAGACAAGCAGAUGCUGCUGGUUUGUUUCUCAGUAAUGUGAAGUUUACUCAUGUCUUCUCAAGUGACCUCCUUCGAGCAAAGCAGACUGCUGCCACAAUUCUAGGAAAAAAUAAGUUUUGCAAAGAUUUGGAAAUCAAGUAUGAUGCAAGACUUCGAGAGAGAAAGUACGGUGUUGCAGAAGGAAGGCCUUUGACUGACCUCAAGGCUAUGGCAAAGGCUGCUGGAGAGCAAUGUCCUUCAUUCACGCCUUCUGGAGGAGAAACACUGGAUGAAGUAAGAGAACGUGCAAGGGAUUUUUUUGAAUUCCUGUGUCAGCUAGCUGUUGAAUUGGAACAGAAAGAGCAAGAUGUGUAUGGUGCAGCAAGCAGAAGCUCAGGGACGUCUGAAGAACAGUUAGUUUUCCCUUGGACAAACCACUGCAGUGAAGCAGAACUUGGCUCUGGGAACAGUGGAGCUUAUAAAAUGCUAGAUGCCAAUAUAUUAGUAGUGAGCCAUGGAGCCUACAUGAGGAACUGGAUUGGUUAUUUUGUUUCGGAUCUCAACUGUACUUUACCAACAAAUUUAACAAAGUCUCAGUUGUCUUCUGUCAGUCCCAAUACAGGAGUUAGUCACUUCAUUAUAAAACUUGAAAAUGGAAAUUUGUUAAAACCUGAAAUCACAUGUGUUUGUCUUAAUCAAGACUCUCACUUAGUGGAUGUGGGAGCUGAACGUGUAGCUCCAAAAGUGUUUUAAGCGUUUGUAGGGGGAAGUGGAUUUAGAUCACCAUUAUGCUAAGCUUGGGAAAGGUAUCUGUAGUAAUUACUG